AUGUCUUCUGGUGGAUCCAGGGAGUUCGGCCAAUAUUAUACAAUGAGGAUAUUGGAACAAGACAAACUUACCGGAAGCAUCAUUCGGGCCACAAAACUCCUCAGUGAAUUCAACCUCGCAAGCAUAACAACCCGAGGAGAGAUCCUGCUACCCAAAAAUGCCGAGUGGGUGAUGAAGACGACCCUUUUUGAGGUUGUAGACGGUGAUAUGGGUUACAACAUUAUUCUGGGAAGACCGUGGUUCCAGGAGAUGAAAUCCGUGCCUUCAACGUAUCAUCAGUUGCUGAAAUUCCCAACUCCUGAGGGGAUUAAACAGAGUAAAGGCGAUCAACCGCUGGAAAGGGAAAUGAAUGCGAUUUCAAUCUCGAGUAGCAAAGGGAAGUAG